AUGAGGCGCUGUCAUCCCUCUGAUCAGAAGAUUAAAUCACAACCUAAUUCUUAUGAAUAUUCAACGAGCCUCCUCUCCGUCAUCGGCGGCCACGCCCAGUCUGCUCUGCUUCUCUUUAAAGCGACAGGAAGUGAGCGCGAGCUGAGCUCCAGCCCUACAGAUUAUAGGUGUUGUUCGGAGCGCUCGCUGUUAACGUUACAUGGCCUUUUCGACGUCCGACUGCUGAAGUCUUUGAGAAAAGCAGCACAUGCCCCGGUCGUCCGUAAGCAGAGCGCGUUGUUUGUGAAUGUUACUAUGAAUGAUAAGGUGGGGAACGGAGCGGCGGGCGGUGUGCUGGCCUGUAUCGAGGGUCUGCCGCCGCUGCCCAAGAGCCUGAGCGGGCUGCUGAACUCCAGCGGCGGCUCGUGGAGGGACAUGGAGAGGAUGUACGUGAAGAAGACCAUGAUCCAGGACGACCUGAGCCGAGGCAGGAACAACGCGGACAAUCUGCUGGCCAACAAACCCGCGAACCUGGAUGCCGCCCUGGCUUUGCUCAGGAAAGAGAUGGUGGGCUUGCGGCAGCAGGACAUGUCUCUUCUCUGUCAGCUCUGGUCUCUUCACGAGUCCAUCCAGGAGUAUAAGGGCAGCUGUCAGGACCUCUCGGCUGUAUCCAGUGCGGACGGACCAUACGGCAUGGAGAACGGCUAUUUCGACGAAGACGAGGAAUAUUAUACUGAAUCCGCAGUGACGCCAGCCGAAACGCCUGAUGGAAAUGAUACUUCCCCAAAGAACGGGACGUCCAAGGACAGCUGGAUACAUGACUCCUUCCAUAUCACAAUAUAAACCGCCACUUUUUAUUUUGUUCUUUAAUCAAAACAAGCUGUGCCAUGAUUUAGUUUGCUGCAUUUGCUUAGUUUUACAGCAGACUCCUUAUAUAUAGGAAAUAUACAUAUUAUUUAUUGUAUUAUAUACUACAUAGUGUUUCUUUUUGCUUGUUUUCAUGAUUUAAUCAACAUUGGAAAUUUUAUAAUCUUUUUUUUUUCUUUUAUGCAAGUGGAGAAGCAUAUCAUUUCAUGAUGUUUACAGAAAAAUCGUGUUUAAACAUACAGCUAUGGGAAAAGAAAA